AUGAGCACCCUUGACCCGAUACGCAUCAAUCGGACCGUCCGCUUCAAGGUUAAUAACAACAAGGAAGAUCAGAAGUCAUUAGCCCGAAAGGCGAAAGUAGUGAAACAAAAGAAGAUGGCAGACGAAGAGCGGCUAAAGGAUCGUCGCUUCUUGGACCAGCUGGUGGAGCCACGAAGCUUUGUUCACGUGGCUCGUGCGUUUGUAAACAAUCGUCAGGUUGGGCUUCUUCUCGACGACUUUCUCGUUCAGCAUGGAAUUACACAAGCCACGCCAGGGCUUACGGUACAAGAGGCAAAUUUGUCGCAGAGGUUGGCUGCAUUGGCGCAUGGCAAUCACAACAUCGAUCCUCAAACCUUGCGUGGGCUCCGAAUUUUUUUUAGGGUGGAGGCUUUUACAAUGGCUCGAACAUUGUAA